GUUGAUUUUUAUAUCAGUUUGCUUCCCCAAAAAAAGCAAGUUAACUUUUUUACUUGAUGAAUUUUUGUACUUAAUAAAUCUUAGAUCCUUCGCCAAUAAACAGACUUCUCAGAGGUAGCUGAUGAAUCAAUCUCCCAUGGAGGCUAAUCAUCACAGGCAGCUUGUUCUAAAAUGCGCCGUCGUCUCGAGACUAGUGGUGAUAUUUUUAGCAAUUCUAUGGAGAUGUCUUCUUAGCCCCUACGACACAUCUGCUUCCAUAGACCCUAGCUGCCUCACAUCCGAAUUGAAUUCACACGCGCCGCCAGUUCUCCUCCCGCGUGUGGCGGCAGCAAUUGAGAACGGCAUUGUAUGGGACAGUGUAUACUUUGUUCGGAUCGCGCAGUGUGGAUACGAAUACGAACAGUCAUAUGCAUUCUUCCCUCUCCUUCCCAUUUCCAUUUCCCUGCUCUCUAGAUCAGUUUUUUCCCCGUUGAUACCCGUGAUUGGACAUAGAGCUGUUCUGGGAUUAUCUGGAUGCGUGCUCAAUAACAUUGCAUUUGUUUUAGCUGCUCUGUAUCUUUACAGGCUCUCAGUAAUUGUUGUGAAGGACUCAGAGCUAGCAAUGAGAGCUUCACUACUCUUUUGCUUAAAUCCUGCUUCCGUGUUUUACUCAUCAAUAUAUACUGAGAGUCUCUAUGCCCUUUUUUCAAUUGGAGGAUUAUAUUACUUCACAAGUGGUGCAAGAAAUAUUGCUACACUUUGGUUUGCUCUCUCUGGGUUUUCACGGUCAAAUGGAAUACUUACUGCAGGCUAUAUAUGUUUUCAGAUGAUGCAUUCUGUUUACAGUUCUGCUGUUCUAAGAAAGCAUGCAAUUUUUGUUUUCUGGGAACUUAUCGUCGGUGCUAUUCGUAGCAUAUGCAUUAUUUUCCCAUUCAUUGGUUUCCAAGCUUAUGGAUAUUACAAUAUCUGUGUGGGACAUUCUCCAAGUCCAUGGUGCAAGAAGAGGAUACCUCUAUUCUAUGACUAUAUCCAAGGUCAUUAUUGGGGAGUGGGAUUCUUGAGGUAUUUUCAAAUAAAACAAAUCCCAAACUUUGUACUCGCUUCUCCAGUGUUGUCUCUUGCACUUUGUUCAAUUAUUCAUUACGUGAAGCUAGAGCCGAAAGUUUUUCUCUCCCUAGGCUUCAGAAGAGUCUCUUCUCCUAUGAAUGAUAAUAAAGGGGGGCAGGACAGUGCUCGCCUUUUGGUGAUGAAAGAUGAUGCCUCUUACAAAUUGAAUGAAGGUGGUGAUUGUGCCCUUAAACAACGGAAACACGUUGCUACUGUUGGAAGAAGACAGAAUUUUACUGCCUUAGAAACUGGAAAAACAGAUGAUAAUAAUCUCUCAACAGCAGCUAUAAUACAAGUACCUUUGGUUCUUCAUCUCGGAUUCAUGACAGCCACAGCUUUUCUUGUCAUGCAUGUGCAGGUUGCAACCCGGUUCUUAUCUGCCAGCCCACCUCUCUACUGGUUUUCUUCAUAUGUUAUGAUGUCAGCUUCUUCUUCUUCUAAGCGUAACAUUGCGCAGAGGGGAUUUGGGUGCGGGUAUUGUAUUUGGGUGUAUUGCUGGGCAUACAUCUUUCUUGGCACUCUUCUCUUUUCGAACUUCUACCCUUUCACUUGAUAAAAGGAUGCCACAAGCAAGUCUUGUCUCUUUAUUAGACUUGGGCUGUAGUCAACAACACUGAAUCACUUGAUGUUAAUUCAUGUAUUUAGGUGUAACACACAUGAAGACAUCAAAUGUUGCAGGAAAUUAACUCAAACAUGCACACUUUGAUAGAGAGGUUCUAAAACGUGCAAUGGUAUACAACAAUGGACCAUACCACAGUGACACCAAGUUUGACACCAAUACCACAGACAUUGCAUAAACAGUCUUUGAGUACUUGCACAUGCACAGGGGUCUGUGCAUGUCUGUUACAAUGGUGUCAUCAAUGAUGUCAAACCCUAAUAUUAUAAUAGCAUUUUCCAUGUAUUGAUUUUGAGUUUGUGCACAUGGGUGGUAGUACGCCAAGUGUGAAAAUUUGAGGCAAUAACACAAUAUAUUGCUUCGAAAAAAUGAAGCUAGCUAUAACUAAAUAAUGGUCAAUUUACACGAGAUGUGGACUCUAUAUCACAGUGUAACUAUCUCUCUGAAACAUUCAACAACAUGCUCAAGUGAUGCCAGACCCCAGUGAUAUAUGCAAGUCUGAAACCCGCAUAAGAUGCACGAAUGAAGUUCAAUUGGUUGUUUUUCUUGAAACCAAGACUAGACCUCUGCAUUCUUCGGGCAAAGCAAAAGAUUAAAGUUUCUGCAGAUUUUUCAGAGUUUUCCUAAAUGAGCUUCCUUGUAUGUUAAACGCAGAAUUCCCUUACAAAUCAAAGGUAUGAUUUUUCAUGGCUUAAAGUGAUAUGGAAUAAGUCUUAGGAAGUAAUAAGUGGCAAAGCAGUGACAGUGUACCAGACUACCAGGUACAACCAAUCUAAUUUGAUGAUGUUUUGUUUUAGAACACGAAAAGUUAGUUAAUUUAGUGAGCUUAUGAGAGGGGUGUUUAUAAAUUUAGACACAGAUU